UAUCUCGGCCCAGGCCCAAUAAUGAAAUCCUCAGUCUAAUCACCAUAAAUUCCUAUCUUCUCCGGCUGAACCGGUGUCGCCGCCGCUCCAUCUUCCCACGACUGGAGGAUUUCGGAUACAAGGCAGAGAUGAGUAAAGCAGUACGGAGCGGCGGAGCUCCGAAGGGUGGGAAGAAGAAGGCAUCAACGUUCGUGAUCGACUGCUCGAAGCCGGUGGAGGAUAAGAUCAUGGACAUUGCUUCUCUGGAGAAAUUCCUCCAGGAGCGGAUCAAGGUCGGCGGGAAGCCCGGGGCACUGGGGGAUUCUGUCACCGUUACUCGCGACAAGACCAAAAUUUCCGUUACAGCCAGUGAUACAAUCUCCAAGAGGUACUUGAAGUACUUAACCAAGAAGUAUCUCAAGAAGAACAAUGUUCGCGAUUGGCUGCGGGUGAUCUCUUCGAACAAGGAUAAAAAUGUGUACGAAUUGAGGUACUUCAACAUUGCUGAGAAUGAGAACGAGGAAGAUGAGGAUUGAGGCACUUGAUCGUAAGAAAAAGAUACUUUUCCAUAGUUUUGCUUUUGUUAAGAGAUCUUGUUUCUCAGAUCGAAAGAGUUUUGGUACAUUCUCACAAUUGGAAGAAAAUGAGGUUAUCUUUCCUUAUUUUUGGGCCUGUAUUAAAUGUGAUAUUUUGUUUAAUGAAACAUAUAAAAUACCUUGAAAAAGCAAAGUCAUGUUAUUUAUUACCAUGAAAAAACACCACACCUCACCUCACCUCACAUAUGCACAUUCACCUCUUAUAUCUUAUACAUAACUCACUACUGCUUUCCUUACACUCCUCCAAAUCAAAACACAAACACACCAACAGUCGUCAUUGGCUCAAGAAGACAACACACACAUAUACACGCACAAUAAAUACAGUGUUAAUUACAGAAGACUACCGUGUGAUCCUCUUGCAUCCAUCGAGCCGAGGUUUCCUGGCUAACGUUUAGCCUCAAGAAAACGAACAAAAAAAAAAGGUUGUCGCCUCAA